UCCAUAUCACAAUUAUCACAUAUCAUGCAUUGCCGCAAGUGAAUGUCUUGCUUUAAAUGUCAAAAUAUCGUCUGCCUUAAUAUUUACUGGCUGUAGCUCUGUACUUGAAACUAAUUGGCCUGUCAGAAAGAAUGGAUGAGAUUUCAGUUUUUGAACUCUCGAGUGUUGUUCAAAAUGACCUUUUAUCGCUUAACGAUGCCAAGACACCUGUUUCGUUAGAUGAAUUUGACGUACUAUUACAAAUUGUGUGUGAUACUUUAACAGAAAUUCCAAACACACAUCAAUCAAUUAAUGUAAUCAAGAAGUUGGAAGAAAAAUUAGGCCGACAGAAAAUACAGUUGUACACAAGCCUUUCAUCACUAUUUAUCAAAGCUGCAUCUGAAAAAGUCUCAACCAACCAAUUGGAAGCAAAACUGAAUGCACUAAAUUGUUCUGUUGAACAAAUUACUAGGCUUCUUAAAAUGUUCUCAACCAACCAAAGUAAAAUACAAGCAAUUCUCAAGCUGUAUGGGCCAAGCCCUCCAAAGCUAGUUGAUGUAAACUGGAGACUUGAUUAUCAAGUAGAGACCAACACUAGAGGACCUGUUCAAAAACUGAUUUAUUUCAUAGACUUGAUUCUGGAGGAUAAAGGUCGCCGCGAACUAUUGUCAUUCACUGCAUCUCAUGCGGAAUUGGAAGACUUAGUCAACACGUUAAAGGACGCUUGUCAGUCUGUAAAACGUGUCGCAUUGCUGUAAAAGUCAAGCUUUAUAAAUAAAUAGAUACUAUAAUCGAA